AUGCUGCAGGAGCUCGAGGCCCACCGUUUGCUGCUGCUCGAGGCGCAUGCAAAGCUGCUGCAGCUCGAAAAACGCGCAGAGGAGGCUGCGGCGUCUCUGAGAAACCAAAGAGAUACUCUCUUGGAGCGUCUUCAAGUUCUGGAGAAAGAGCUUCAGCGGGUUAACAGGGAAAACGAGCAGCUGCUGCAGCAGCAGGCUGCCAAUGAAGCUUCCCUCCGUGAGCUUGCGGCCAUUCGACAGUCUCACGGCGCCAUAGAAAGGGAAAAGAAACAUUUGCAGUCGGAGGUAUCCCCAAACCCUAAACCCUAA